GCUGCACGUUGCAGUGCCGUGCGGCGCCGCGACGCGUAAUUGACAAGUGAAGUGAGCCGAGCAUACACAACACACGCUCGUUAACGAAAUGUUUCCUCGUGAUCCUCGCAUGCCUCCACAAUGCGCCACGCAAACCAACCAGCUAUUAAUAGCGCGAAUUCAAGUUGCAGUUAUAUCAUGCAAUGUCUGCGCCGCCUUGCAAUGCGAGUGUUAGGGUGCUCUGCGGCCUCGGCGCGCGGCUGCUGCCCUCAAUUAUUUCAAUAAUUGAUGUGGUUGUCUAAAAGUCUUACGAUCUGAACACAAAGUCGUACUCUCUUUUCGUCACCCAAAAGAGAUGCAAGGGUCGUCCAUCGGUGGGACGGACGACGAAAACAAUCAACAAACAAGAAGAGCAAAUGAGGCCAUGAAUGACGACGCUGUGGUCGUGCAGCCGGCCGCAUCGGCAGAAAAUCCCUUUUCUUAUUUAGAACGCGAUGAGUUCAGCGCGGAGAAAUUCAAGAUCGAAGUGAAAAACCUCCCCAAAUACUAUGGCAUUAAUGAAAUCAAGAAACUCAUCAAUCACACCCUGCAAUUGAACAGUUCCAAGCUAAAGCAGCCUUUCAAGAAUGCGCGAUACAUGUUUGUUUGUUUUCACAAUGAUGAAGAAAGGGAGAAUGCCAUUGUUGUACUAAACAAAACUAUAUGGAAAGGAGCUCAAUUGACUGCUAUGAAAGCAAAUCCCACAGCAGAUCCUCUACUUAAGAAGCGAAAAGAAGAAAAUGUCAAUGGUGCCUCAAAGAAACCAAAACUAGACAUACCAAUCGAGCAGCAGUUGAAGGAACAGACUACACCACUAUACAAAGUACCCUAUGAGGAACAACUAAGCAAAAAACAGGAAGAAAUCCACGCAAUUCUUAAAAACCUAGGCAGGGAAUUGUUCAGAAAUGCUCAAAUCACCAACUGGGUACGAAAGCAACAGGAGAAACACAAUGGUUUACCAUGUGAGCUCAUGAAUGUGAAAUAUUCAUCACUAAUUGAAGGAUAUCGUAACAAAUGCGAAUUCACAAUCGGAUUGCGUCCGGAUACGAAAGAAAAAACAAUCGGAUUCAGGGUUGGUUGUUAUACAGAUGGCAAUGUUGGAGUGGGACCAAUUGAUGACCUCCUGCAUGUACCAACCGCCAUGAAAAACGCGGUGAAAAUCUUUGAAUCUUUUGUAAAAACUUCGGAACUCUCCGUUUUUAACCCCGUUGAUCAAUCUGGGCAUUUUAAACAAUUGACUGCACGCACCGCGAAGGAUCAACUCAUGUUAAUCGUUGGUGUAUCACCAAAAGACUUAACUGAUGAACAAGUUGCAACAUUGAAGCAAGAUCUGAUUAAAUUCUUCUUUGAUGGGCCUGGAAAAGAAGCUAAUGUUACUUCGUUGUAUUACCAACCGCUGGUGAAGAGAAAAUCAAGUGAUGAUGAUUGUUGCACACCUGUGCACCUCUCUGGAGAGACGUAUAUUUACGAGACUCUCUUAGGGUUGAAGUUCCGCAUCUCAGCCGAGGCGUUCUUCCAGGUGAAUACCAGCUGUGCGGAGGUGCUGUACGAAACCGCGAUGGAGUUGGCUGAUAUUAAACCUACCAGUACUGUUGUGGAUGUCUGCUGUGGCACCGGAACAAUCGGUCUCUGCUGUGCGCGGAAAUGUGAUCAAGUCCUGGGCUUGGAGAUCAUCCCGCAGGCGAUUGCCGACGCGAAAAUCAACGCCAGCACGAACGGCAUCGAGAACGCCGAGUUCUUUUGUGGCAAGGCCGAGGAAAUCCUCUACUCGGUGGUGACGCGCGCACGCAACGACGACGUUAUCGCCAUCAUUGACCCGCCGCGUGCCGGCCUGCAUAAAAGGGCCAUAACGUCGCUGCGCAAGGUGGAUAGGAUCAAAAAAAUGGUUUUCAUUGCGUGCAAUCCGAGGAAAUCGUGCGGCAAUUUCGUCGACUUUGCGCGCCCGCCGUCGAAAACCAUCCAGGUGCCCUUCGUGCCCACGAGGGCCGUCAUGGUCGACAUGUUUCCUUACACGCAUCACUCCGAGCUGGUCGUGUUGCUGCAAAGGUUCGACACAUUGCAACCCGAAUUACAGCCUGAAGCGAAGGUCGACGCCUGAUUUUCGGGUGUAAUUAGAAGUAUCGUGUGCAAAUGACGAGUUUAUUAUUUGCGAACAAUCAAGUUGUAACGAUUUCCGUGCGAAAUUGAGCUAAUUGUGUGAAUAAAUAACUGCUACAAACCUGUA